AUGAGCGACCCCGCCAAUGCGUCCACCGUCAACGAUGGGGCAAAUCCUCUGUUAGCACUCGCUGGGUCCCUCCCUCGAGCCUUCGGCGCGGAUCUCAUUGGGACGUUCCUCGGACUUAUACUGUAUGGUUUGGCUGCGCAUCAGCUGUACCGUUAUUGUCGUCUCUUCCCUACGGAUGCAUUGUUCAUUAGGACACUGGUGGCGCUUGUCAUGACUUUUGAGACAGUCCACGUCAUCCUGACAAUGCAUUUCUGCUAUUACUUGCUGGUCACGAAUUACUUCAAACCUUCAGCACUGUCAAGCGGAGUAUGGUCACUGAGCGCCCUUCCUAUCGUGAUUAGCGCCAUCGUACUGUCGUCGCAGCUGUUCUUUGCUCGGCGAGCAUAUCUUACUGGCCCGAAGUUCCGCCCGUUCGUUGUCGUUGCGACUCUGCUUAUCAUGGGGGAGAUUGCAUUCUCCGUCGUGACUACUGUCAAGGCGCAAGUAGACACCAACCUCGAAGAUCUUCAUGAGAAAUGGCUGAUUUCGGUCACACUGGGCAUGCCACUUGCCGCGGAUAUUCUGUUCACUAUCACGCUUCUUGUCGUACUUCGUCUCAGCCGGACGGAAACCCAGCGGAACGAGUCUCCAUUCGACCUGUUUACGCUAUACAUCGUGAAUACUGGUGUUUUGCACUGUAUCUGCAACGUUGCCGCACUGGUCACGAACCUUGUGACCAUUCAUGGCACGUCGACGACCUUCCUCGCGUUCAAUAUUGUUGCUGCACGCCUCUACGCCAACUCGCUGCUAUCCGCGCAAGUGCUCAACUCACGAGACAAAAAACGAGGGAACAUCACCUUCGACGGAUCAGUCGGCCUCAACUUCAUCGACCGCGCUACCCGCCGCGCUGCCGCCGAGACAUGGAACGUGCCGCAGAGUCCCGAGAGGCCGCCUUCGAUGAUCAACAUCAAGAUGACGACCGAGCUCGAGACCGACCAGGAGAGUCAAUGGGACCAGCAGACGCUCGAAGGCCUUAACACCGCGGACAGCAACAAGAAGAUGCGCCGCGUCCUCUCCGUAUGA